UAUCCAUUUCACAAGUGUUUUUCCAGACAUAAUAUCAGCCCCCUAUGCAUUCACUGCUGCUGCAGUUACAGAUGAAAUGAUAAACACUUCCCGGCAAAUUGUCAAGAAGGCGUACACUGCUCAGGCAGAAGCUGGCAUAUGCUAAGUCUCUUUUCAGACAGAUUUCAGAUCUUUAAAAAAGGACGUAUCUCACAAAUACAGUAAUAAAUACCUGAAUUAAAGUACUGGAACACCAUCAGUGACUAUACAGGCAAGAAAAAUGUCUUCUGUGGGAAUUAGAGGCACAUCGUCACCCUUUCUAACUACUUCAAUGUCGUCCUGACACCCUUCCUCCAACUUCCCCAUCACAGCCCUGUCUGGAAGCUUUCUUACUGAAACUACUGAAGCCUAGAAAAAGAACUCCAAAGAGUCAAUGUACACAUCCCUCGCAAGCAACAAGUUAACUGAGAGCUCUGAGGGGACGCCGAGUAACUUUACGGCAUGCUGAGUCCCUUCCUCUGUGCAGCCUUUUGGGAAAGUGCGGAGAUUCACGGAGUCUGAAACAACAGCCCCCAUACACUUCUGACUCGCUCUACUCUGCGCUCCGAGGACAGCUGGGUAUCGUCCCUUUAAGAACCAGCAAGCCCCGCCCCCUUUGGAACAUAGAACUCCAUUUCCCAGAGCUCCUCGGAUUCUUUCACGGCUUUUAGUCUGUCGUAGGAAAGACCUACGUUCUGAGUCUGCGCAGUGACUUCGUGGAAACUACAUUAUCCCGAAGCCCUGGCGGCGGCGGCGGCGGCGGCGGCGGCGGCACGAGCCCCACCGCCCCCGCCAGAGCGACGCUUAGCCUAGGGCCGUUUUCCUGCGCGUGCACCGCGUGGGGGCGGGACUUCCGGCGACGCCUUUAUGGUGUCCUGCUAUUCUGUAGUCCCCGGGACUGUUCAGUGGCUUGGUGCGUCCGGAGUCCUCAUUCCCGACCGACGUGAAUGGAAAGCGCGAAAAGAGGCCAUGCCCCCGCCGCAGAGGCGGCUGCAGGAUGUCCUCGUCUCCGCCCGGUCGCCCGCCGCUCUUCUUACUGGUUGGAGGCGGAGGCCGCGCGCGUGAAGCCCGCGCAGGUUCCCAUGGCGUGUGCAGAACUGCUUUUGGACCCUGUACAGGGGCUUGUGGUGUUUACAGACGUGGCCGUGCACUUCUCCCAGGAGGAGUGGGGACUCCUUGAUGAGGCCCAGAGACACCUGUACUGCAGCGUGAUGCUGGAGACCUUUGCACUUUUGUCGUCACUAGGUUGCUGGCACAGAGCCCGGGACAAGGAGGCCCCUUCAGAGCACGGUGUUUCUGUCGCAGCAUCACAGGUCAGGACUCCACAGCCAGACCCGUCCAUCCAGGAGACCCAGCCCUGUGAGACGUGUAGCUCACUCUUGAAAGACCUCUUGCACUUGGCUGAGCAGGACCGUAUACACCCCGGGCAAGGCCUGUAUGCUUGUGAGGGAAAGCGUUACCAGCAGCAAAAGCAUCAAAUUAGAGUGGAACUUUCCAGAAGUGCUGAGGGGAGGCCUUCAUUUGUGAAGAACUGCAGAGGUCACAUGGCAGAGACGACCUUUACAUGCAGUGAAGAGAGGAAGGACUUCCGAGCCAGCUCAGGCCUGCUCCAGCAGCAGGUUCCUCACGUUGGAGGAAGUCCACACUGGGACACAGCAGGUGGAGAGGCCUUUCAGAAUGAACAGAAUUAUUAUAAGUGCACUCAAUGUGGGAAAACCUUCAGUCAUAAACAUGUACUUGUUGACCAUGAGAAAAUCCACACUGGAGAAAAGCUUCAUGGGUACAGAGAAUGUGGGAAGGCCUUCCUAAGAAAGUCCCACCUCCAUCAGCACCAGAAGGGCCACGAGGAAGGUCAGCUUUAUGAGAACCCAAAAUGUGGAGGCUGUCUUCCACAGAUGCCUGCCCUUGGUGACCACAAGGGUGUUCACACGAGGCCGAGGCCUUUUGAGUGCAGCCAGUGCGGGAAGGCUUUCCUUAGACUGUCCCAGCUCGUUGGUCACCAGAAAAUCCACACAGGAGAGAGGCCUUAUGGUUGCAGUGAAUGUGGAAAAUUUUUUAGGAAUCGCUCUACGCUCAUUAGACAUCAGAGAGUCCACACUGGAGAGAAGCCAUAUGAGUGCAGUGAAUGUGGGAAAGCCUUCACCCGCAAACAUAAGCUUGUUGAGCAUCAGAAAAUCCACAGUGGUGAAAAGCCUUAUGAGUGCGGAGAAUGUGGGAAAGCCUUCAGCCGCAAAGACAAAGUUGUUGAACAUCAGAAAAUUCACACCGGAGAGCGGCCUUACAAGUGCAGUGAAUGUGGGAAAGCUUUCAGCCGCAAACAUAAACUUGUUGAGCACCAGAAAAUCCACACUGGAAUAAGGGCUUAUGAGUGCAGGGAAUGUGGCAAAUUCUUUAUGGACAGCUCCUCACUUGUUAUUCAUCAGAGAGUUCACACUGGAGAAAGGCCUUAUGAGUGUGGCAAAUGUGGGAAGUUCUUUAGGUACCGCUUCACACUCAUUAGACACCAGAGAACUCACACUAGAGAAAGGGCUGAUUAGUGCAACAAUGUAGGAAAUCCUUUAGUUGCAACUCCACGGACUCAUUAGAUGUCAGACAAAUCACAGUAAAGAAAGGCCUUAUUAUUAUUAGCUAAUGUGGGAAAUUUUUGUGUUACAGCUCCAGUCUCAUUGGACACCAGAGAGUUUACACUGGUGUGAGUCCUUAUGAGAACUGCAAAUAUGGGGACAUCUUUACCUACAGCUCUGGCCUCGUUAAAGACUGGCAAAUUUGCAAAGGAGAAAUGCAUUAUGAGUGCAGUGAAUGUGGGAGAAUCUGUUGAUUUGUGUCACUAUACACUAAUUUGCAUUUAAUUUUUAUUUUCUUGGAAUCUUGCAGUAUACUUUUACUUGGUUGCUUUUUAUUACAUUUUUGCAUAAAGGGAAUCCCAAAGUAUAUCCUUGUGUGGCUGCUUAGAGAUUAUCUGUAUUGUGUUCAUUCUUCUUUAUUGCUGAAUGGUAUUCCAUUGGGCGUAUGUGCCACUGUGUGUUUAUUUAUCUAUUAAUGGACACGUAGGUUGUUUCCAAUGUUGAGCUGUUACCAAAAGAACUAUGACCAUUCAUAUAUAAGUAAAUAUCUGAGAGUGUAGUGUUGCUCAUAGAUGAAUGUUUAACUUUUUAAAGAAUUGGCCAAACUGGCUUCCAGUAUGAGUAUACUAUUUUGUAUCCCACCAGCCGAAUGUUAAGAAUUCCAUGUGGAACACAUCUUUGCCCAUGAUAGAUCUA